AUGCCCGUCGGAAACAGCGACCAGAACGCAGGCGUCACGGGCGGCGCCAAGUUCGUCACCUCGGCCCUAGGCAACACCGUCGGCGGCGUGACCCGCACCGUCGGCAACGUCACCGGCGCCGCGACCCAGGGCGUCGGCGACACCAUCACCAGCGCGACCGGGUCCGCUGGCCGCCCUGUAGGUGAUGGGAUUGCCAACCUCGGACAGGGAUUGUCGGGCGCGCUGAACUCUGUUGGCAAGGGCGCCGAGGAUGCUGGGCAGUGGAAGAGAUCCUGA